AUGGGCGAUUUUUUGGAGCUGCAGUACAAGUAUGGCUCACGGAGAGGCGACUCUACGAUACGACCUUUCUACUAUCCAGAGUCAUCUUCGUCAGGAAGCUCGACUGAGACAGUACAUGAGACCAGGCUCAAGGCUUAUCUACCGAUCUUGGCCACGUACCUGUCCUGUGAAAAGUACCUGGGCCUGAUCGGCGCCUACCCUGCGAUUGUCAAGACAUCGCGUGAGGGCGGGAAUAGUGGCGACCUUCGGGAUUCGGAGUCUGAGAUUGAAAACGAUCAUAAUUAA